UGUAGGUGUAAAUUAUACUCACAUUCAGAAAAAGUCAACAUUAAAAUAUUCUCAAUCCAUUUAACCAUAACAGUGUGUUAUGAUUUUAACGUUGUGUUCGGAUAUCUUUAUUGUCAACAAUAAUAAAAAGGCUGACGACUAAAAACGCAAAGAUGAGAAUAAAAAUAUUGCUUGUUGUUCUUUGCCUUACGACAGUGCAAUCUUUGAGGAGAAAAGCAGGUCCAAAAUGUAACAAGAAAAGUGGUCCAGUUUGUGCUCAAAACGGGAAAACUUACAAACAUGAAUGCGCUGCAAUUAGGAGAGGAUUAGAGAUCGGCUGUAACCACGAAUGUCCGUGUACACCAUGUGCCUGUACAAAGAACUACACACCUGUAUGUGGAGUAGACGGGAACACAUAUUCCAACAUGUGUCAGGCAAGGUGCAAAGGAAUAAAAGCACGAUGUCAGCGUGAAUGUCCAUGUAAGCCAUUGAAGUCAUGUGACACCUGUGGGAAGAGAAAAAAACCAGUAUGUGGUGCCGAUGGAGUAACUUACAAAAACGGAUGUUCGGCCAAAUGUCGUGGCGUAAAGUUGACGUGUAAAGGUAUGUGUCCGUGUGAAGGUCUUCCUCCGUGUGCCUGUAGAAAAGAUUACAGCCCCGUGUGUGGAGCUGACGGGAGGACGUACGAAAAUGAAUGCUUAGCAGGUUGCAAAAAUUCAACUGUUUCAUGCAACAAUGAAUGUCCGUGUCUGGCAUGUGGAUGUAAACCAAGACGGAAACCAGUUUGUGGCAGAAAUGGAAAAUCAUACAUGAGUAGAUGUUUGGCUAAAUGCGAUGGAACAAAACCUAGAUGUAAAGGAGAUUGUCCUUGUGAAGGUCAAACGAAAGCACAGGAUAUAAGAUGUCUCUGUAACCGGAUGUUUCAACCAGUCUGCGGCAGAGAUGGGAAAACUUACAAUAACCCCUGCAUGGCGAAAUGCUCGAGAGCUAAAAUACAAUGCAAAGGCCAAUGUCCAUGUAGAAAAGAAAAGUUAUGUAGGUGUACUAGAGAACGGAAACCAGUUUGUGGUCGUGACGGAAAAACAUACAGCAACAACUGCAUGGCGGAAUGUCAAAACGUUACAAUUGAAUGUGAAGGUGAAUGUCCAUGUACUAGUAGAUUAGACAGGUUAUGUUUGUGUACCAGAGAACGAAAACCAGUCUGUGGAACUGAUGGCAAAACAUACAGCAACAAAUGUAUGGCAGAAUGUCAUGGUGUAGCCAUUUCGUGUAAUGGAGAGUGUCCAUGUACAAAACCUUGCAUUUGUACAAUGGACUAUAGACCAGUUUGUGGCAUCAACAAUAAAACCUACAGCAAUAAGUGUAAUGCCGACUGCGAAAAUGCUCAAAUUGCAUGUGAUGGGGAAUGUCCUUGCAAAAAGCCUUGUAUAUGUACCUUAGAUUAUCGACCUGUAUGUGGAACUAACGGCGUGACAUUUGGAAACCAGUGUAAUGCCGAUUGCGACAAUGCUGACGUGGCUUGUAAUGGCGAGUGCCCCUGUCAAAGCAAAUCCUGCAUAUGUACUAUGGACUAUCAACCAGUAUGUGGAACAAAUGGGAAGACCUAUGCGAAUAAAUGCAACGCUGACUGUGAUCAAACAGAGGUUGCAUGUAAUGGUGAAUGUCCAUGUAAAGACACAUGCGCAUGCUCAAAGGAAUAUACUCCAGUAUGCGGUACUAAUGAUGAAACAUAUUUAAAUAAAUGUGAAGCUGACUGCGUUGGGGUCGGUGUGGCCUGUAAAGACGAAUGUCCAUGCCGAAAUACAACUGACCAGUGCGUAUGCACAAUGGAUUAUACACCCGUAUGUGGAACAAAUGGACAGACUUAUGGUAAUAAAUGCGGGGCGGAUUGUGCUAGGGCUAUCAUUGCAUGUGAUGGAGAAUGUCCAUGCAAAGACGUAAAAAAACCUUGUCUGUGCACGAUGGAUUACAGACCAGUCUGUGGAGUAAAUGGACGGACAUACGGUAACAAAUGCCAGGCCGAUUGCGAUGGAGCUAGUAUCGUUUGUGAUAGGGAAUGUCCUUGCGGAAAUACAAAACGGCCUUGUAUAUGCACAUUGGACUAUAGACCUGUAUGUGGUGUUGAUGGGAACACAUAUGGUAACAAAUGUGGGGCUGAUUGUGCCGAUGUUGAAGUGGAAUGUAAUGGCGAGUGUCCUUGCCGGAGGUUGUGUCAAUGUACCAGAGAGUAUAAACCUGUGUGUGGAAGUGACAAGAAAACAUACAGUAAUAAAUGUUUAGCAGCAUGCAAUAAUGCAGAGAUCCUCUGUAACGACACAUGUCCUUGUAAAGCCCCUUGUUACUGUAUGGCUAGCUAUGACCCUGUCUGUGGUGUUAACAACAGAACAUAUGACAACGAGUGUGGAGCAGGAUGUGAUAAUACUGCUGUUGCCUGUAAGGGGGAGUGUCCAUGUACAGGCAUCAGAAAACCAUGCGUGUGUACACUUGACUAUCGCCCUGUAUGUGGUGUUAAUGGCCAAACAUAUGGAAACAAAUGCGGUGCUGAUUGUGCAGAAGUUGACGUUUCAUGUAACGGAGAAUGUCCAUGUAAUAAAAGUGAAGCCUGUAUCUGUACAAUGGAGUUUAGACAAGUCUGUGGAGUAAAUGGAGAAUCGUAUGAUAACAAAUGUCAGGCUGAUUGUGAAGGUGUCGAGAUCGCUUGUAAUGGUGAAUGUCCGUGUCGGAGCAACAACCGAUUAUGUAAAUGUACUAGAGAAUAUAAACCUGUGUGUGGUAGUGAUGGAAAGACGUAUAAUAACAAAUGCAUGGCUGAAUGCAAAGGUACACAGAUCCAGUGUGACGGUAAAUGUCCAUGUACAAGAUCCUCAGAAAACCUUUGUGUUUGUACACUGGACUAUUCCCCAGUAUGUGGAAUCAACAACCAAACGUACGGGAACAAGUGUGGAGCAGAUUGUGCCAGUACACCUAUAGCUUGUAAUGGUGAAUGUCCAUGUAGGAAGGAAUGUAUCUGUACAAUGGAUUACAGACCUGUAUGUGGAGUUGAUAGGACCACUUAUGGGAACAAAUGUGGUGCCGAUUGUCAAAAUAUUUCGAUUGAAUGUCAAGGUGAAUGUCCAUGUCGAAAAGAAAAGUUAUGUAGGUGUACGAGAGAACGGAAACCAGUCUGCGGACGUGAUGGUAAAACAUACAGCAACAAAUGUAUGGCAGAAUGUCAAGACGCACAGAUUCAAUGUGAGGGAGAAUGUCCAUGUAAAAGUUCUGUGGUUAAUUUAUGUGUUUGUACAAUGGACUAUUCCCCAGUAUGUGGAAUCGACAACCAAACGUACGGGAACAAGUGUGGAGCAGAUUGUGCCAGUACACCUAUAGCUUGUAAUGGUGAAUGUCCAUGUAGGAAGGAAUGUAUUUGUACAAUGGAUUACAGACCUGUAUGUGGAGUUGAUGGGACAACUUAUGGGAACAAAUGUGGUGCUGAUUGUCAAAAUAUUCCGAUUGAAUGUCAAGGUGAAUGUCCAUGUAAAAAAGAAAAGUUAUGUAGGUGUACCAGAGAACGGAAACCAGUCUGUGGACAUGACGGGAAAACAUACAGCAACAGAUGUAUGGCAGAAUGUCGAGACGCACAGAUUGAAUGUGAAGGAGAAUGUCCUUGUGAAAGUUCUGUGGUCAAUUUAUGUGUUUGUACAAUGGACUAUACCCCAGUAUGUGGAAUCAACAACGAAACAUACGGGAACAAGUGUGGAGCAGAUUGUGCCAGUACACCUAUAGCUUGUAAUGGUGAAUGUCCAUGUAGGAAGGAAUGUAUCUGUACAAUGGAUUACAGACCUGUAUGUGGAGUUGAUGGGACAACUUAUGGGAACAAAUGUGGUGCCGAUUGUCAAAAUGCAGAGAUUGAAUGUCAAGGUGAAUGUCCAUGUAGAAAAGAAAAGUUAUGUAGGUGUACCAGAGAACGAAAACCAGUCUGUGGACGUGACGGAAAAACAUACAGCAACGGUUGCAUGGCGGAGUGUCAAGGUGCACAGAUUCAGUGUAAAGGAGAAUGUCCUUGUACGAGAUCCUUGGAAAGUUUGUGUCCUUGUACAUUGGACUAUUCACCAGUAUGUGGAACCAACAACCAAACAUACGGGAACAAGUGUGGAGCGGAUUGUGCCAGUACGGCUAUAGCUUGUAACGGUGAAUGCCCAUGCAGAAAAGAAAAGUUAUGUAGGUGUACCAGAGAACGUAAACCAGUCUGCGGACGUGACGGAAAAAGCUACAGUAACACUUGUAUGGCAGAAUGUCAAAAUAUUGAGAUUGAAUGUCAAGGUGAAUGUCCAUGUAUAAAAGAAAAAUUAUGUAGGUGUACCAGAGAACGGAAACCAGUCUGUGGACGUGAUGGCAAAACAUACAGCAACAAAUGUAUGGCGGAAUGUCAGAAUGAAGAUAUCAAAUGCGAAAAAGAAUGCCCUUGCAGGAAACAAAAACUGUGUAGAUGUACCAGAGAACGGAAACUUGUCUGUGGAAAAAAUGGAAAGACGUACGCAAACAGAUGCAUGGCAGAUUGCAAGGCAAAUGGAGUCGACUGUGAAGGUCGGUGUCCUUGUACAGCGUCCAAGGCAUGUAAAUGUACUAGGGAAAGGAAACUUGUUUGCGGAAUAGAUGGGAAGACAUAUAGUAAUAGUUGUUUGGCUGAGUGUCGUGACGUGACCGUUGCAUGUGAAGGACGAUGUCCUUGUUGAGAGCCACCAAUCAACAUUUUUUCUAAGAAUAUUUCAAAUACCUAUUACUGUUUGUCGUUUUAUCAACAUAUUUUAUAUUUUUAUACCUCAUUUUAUAAUAUUGUUCAUUGUUAUAAAUGUGCUUUUUUAAAAUGAAAAAG